AUGUACAACGGCAUUGGGCUUACCACUCCUCGUGGCAGCGGUACAAGCGGCUAUGUCGUUCGCAAUCUAUCAACCCUCCGCUCUCACGACACUUCUUACGACAGAGCAAGUCCUUGGGAUGCUGCUCCCCCAAAACACAGGGAACCAGAUCAGGGCAUUCUCGAACAUGAACGAAAACGAAACGUCGAACUAAAGUGUCUUGAGCUUCAGGUCAAGCUUGAAGACGAUGAAGUUGACGAGGAUGACAUACAAGUUCAGGUCGCUGCACUUCGUACAAAACUUCUUGAAAAUUUAGCCGCCCAAGCCCCUGCUGCAAAAGGCUUUAAACCAUCAGAUACACAUGGCAUGGCUCUCGCAAAGAAAGCAGAAUUGUCAAAAAUGGCUCGCGCUUUUGGCACACGUUCAGAUUACCAGGAGGGUGAAUCUUUUGAUCGCGAAAAGCAGGAGGAGAAUAAGAUAAAACGAUUGGCUGAACGCGAGGAAAGGGAGAGACAAAAGGCCGAA